GUGACGAAAAGUCUUCGCAGUGGAACGAAAGGUGCCUGCAAGCACGUUAGCACUCAACACUCAAGUCAGUAAUAGAACAGAGAAAGAGUGUGUAGAAAGUGUUGUGAAAAGUGAAUCAUACCUUGAGGGUGAAGCAAUGUCACCCUUAUAUAGGCACGCAUUAAAAAUGGCGCAUUCGGGUUUUGCGGCGUGUGAUUAGGGACGGUUAGAGGACACAUGUAGGGUGACCCUCGCACGUGGGCAUGCUCGCAUGCGGUGCGGUGCAUUAAAAAUGGCGCAUUCCUUCAGUCGCGGAGCUUUAAGGCAGCAUAAGUUAGACCACGUGUCAUCUUAGAAUUGAUCUUCUGAACGGUCCAGAACACAUCUUUUGUAUGACUUUUAAGAUUUAAGAUAUAUAUGAUAAAAGUCACAUAUUUUAAAUAAUCCAAUAAUUAUAAUCGAUUGUCUUUAUAAAAAUAUAUUUAUAUGAUUAAUGGUUAAAUUAAUCCGUUAAACCUACACUAGCCCCCCAAGACCUUCAAGUUCCACCAUUAUCAACUAUUCAACGUGGCAAUAACUUAUUGAUCAUUUCUUGAAUGAGAUAAGAUAAUGUAUGGUCCUACCACAAAAGGAUGAUUUACAAUCCAUAUAUUCAUUCUUCCACUUGCUCACCAUAGAAGGUAUCAACACAUAGAGACUAGUUCAGAAUUACGAUCAUAUUUUAGAAAUGGCAUCAAUCACCAUGACAUCCUCAAUCCUCGGCUUCCCGGCUGUAACCAACCAGUCAUCUGUAGCAUCGCAGAGGAGACUCGUUGUCGUCAAUGCUGUCCGAGCAGUUGAAGGGGAAAAGAUGAUCAGAUAUGACAACAGCAAAGAGGGCAGCAAUGGAAGGAGAGACUUGAUGUUUGCUGCAGCAGCUGCUGCUGUUUCCACUUUUGCUGGUGUUGCAAUGGCAGAUGAAGAACCUAAAAGAGGUACCCCAGAAGCCAAGAAAAAGUACGCCCCUGUUUGUGUCACUAUGCCAACAGCUAGGAUUUGUCGCAAUUGAGAAGGGUCUUGAUCUAUGAAGCACGGAAACGCCUCCGAUUAGGCGUGUCCAGGUGUCCGACACGUAUCAUCUCUGAUACCGACACGACACCGACACUUACAAUUACACGGAAUUAUGUAAUUUUCUCAAAUUAUUAGAGGUGUCGGCGUGUCAGUGUACGUGUCGUGUCCUUUGUAUCCGUGUUUCAUAGGUCUUGGUUCAUUUUUCUUGAUUUGUAAUGUACAAUGGGGUUGUUGUGUUUAAAUUUCAUCUAAUCUUUACUGUACUAUUAUAAAUAUAUAUACUAGUUUGUUCAUAAAAGCAUAAAGUUUUGCUUA